AUGAGUCGCUGUGUUGUUGGUUCAUUUCACGUUAUUCGGUCAUUCCGAAAUACUACUAUAACAGAUAGCUAUUACUUUCCUGACUAUCGUUUUUCUAACUUUGAGUUUAUGUGAUGUCAGAAAUAAAUCGUAUGCAAUUUUCAGAUCAGCUGGUGCCUUUUUGUCGGUCCGACUCAUUCGCUUCUUCUCAAUUCUUUUUCAUCGAAUGCAUUUCGGUUGGGAUGGUCAUUGUAUGCGGUAAGCAUGUUUGUCCUGCGGACACCUACAAUUUGACGACUCCACUAAUUACUUCAAAACAGAUUCAAUAAUAAUGUCAAGAGAAGCUGUUAAAAUGCAGAACUCUAAGAACAUUAAACUCCAAGGAUCCUUAGUGCAUACAUUUAUACAAUGAAUGACAAACUAGUGGAGAUUGUGGAAGUAUGUUGUUAUCAGUGUGAUUCAAACUGAACUCUGUGAUGAAUCGUCUUCAUGAUCACCUAACUACCUAUGGCUUGUGCAGAUGCAUUCAAGGCUAAUUGGAGAUUGACUUUAACUCAGAAACACUGACACAAACAAUUUCUGAAUCAAUCGAUUAAUCGACUAGGAAAUGUGACUAUCUCCACUGAUAUUGUUGGUUUGCAAACUGAUCUUCCUACCAGCUGUGUCGUUUCCCAUCAUCUACAUCUAGUGAGUGGGUUAGUUAGUUGGUUGGUUCGUUUGUUUGUCUGUUUGUUUGUUUCCGAUUUGUCCGUCUGAGAAGGAGUGACAAAGAAGUGUGUGAGAAUCCACUGAAAUCUGUUCACCCUUCUCUUGCACCAUUCUCAAAGUCAAGUCUCCACUCGACAAACAAUCACGUAUGUAUAUGUGUGAAAGUUUCGGUCAUGACGAAUUAUUCGAAAUACAGGUGUGUGGUCGAAGUUAUGAUUGACGAAGAGACGAGUUUUAGUUGGAGGGUGGAUCGAGCCAACACUCAGGGUUAUCACCAGCUGAAUUUUGAACUGAGAAUCGCAUUUUCACUUUAGUUUAUGCUUCCCCGAAAUCAGUCGUCAACCGACACGAAACUGUCUUCAGAAUUUUGGAAAAUUCACCAGCCACUGCCCUGCUAACUAACUGAGAUGCAUGUUAGUUGUGGCCGUCUGAACAUUGAAGUAGAUUAGAGCUCUACAAUCCACAAAUCUGCAUAAGUAAUUAGUGAAACACGUAAUGACCUCAAUUCCUCAGUUGUAGUUCUCAGGAUUGUGAAAAGUACAUCAGCACUGAGAAGCCUGAAUUUGAAAAACAUUGAAAUAGAAUGUGAAUAUUGGAAUUCUGGGUAUACUUCAACGUGGGAAAGUACAUUCUCCUUCCCCCUUCUCACACAACCAACAUUCUCAUUCUUAACACCCACAACAUGAGAAACAUCAGGUGAAAUUCUCUUCACAAUAACCAUAUAUAUACAAACACACACCUCGCCUAACCGUAAGGCGAAAUCUCAAACAGAAAAUCUCAGAGGAGAAGAAUACGAUGAAGAUCACAUUCAUCGGUCUAUGCAUACUCUCGUUGCUGAUCAUCAGUUGUGUAGAGGCACGAUCACGUCCAAAAGAUGAAUGGGUGAAACGAUCCGUACUUGUCGACAGUGAAGACGUUCCUCCAAUUGCACGUCGACAGAUCUUUGAUAAAUUUGGUGAGGAGAUGAAUAAGAAAAGAAGUUUCUUCUACCACCAAUAAAGCUCUCAUGAACUGCCUUCUUUUAUGUGUCUGUCUGCUUAUCUAUCGUGAAUUGACUUCUCGAUGUCAUGUCGACUUAUUAUAUGAUGAUUGGUGUGAAAUGAAUAAAUUAUUGGUUUUCUAA